UGGUCUUGGGGUGUGCUGCUGUGGGAGGUGAUGACCCUUGGCCAGCAGCCGUAUGCAGAGAUUGACCCUUUUGAAAUGUCGGCUGUCCUGCGUCAGGGUGUCCGCCUUGCUCAACCCAUCAACUGCCCUGACGAAUUGUUCAAAGCGAUGACAUUUUGUUGGACAACGGCCCCACGUGAGCGACCCACAGUUGAUGAGCUCGUCAUCUACCUCACUAACUUCCAACAGCACCUUGACAGAUACGUGUGACAUUAUGUUACCUCGGGUCACCACCCGUGACCUCGGGUUGCCCUUUCGGGUCACACACAGAGAUUUGUCUGAACUCUUACAUCUCAGAGCAUCACUGGCAGGUUGGAUCUCCCCAGGUUAGGAGGAAAAAUGCAUUCCGUCUUCACGUGUGUAACUGGGUCAGUUCCCAGUGGCAUCCACAGCGUUUGAGUGGAAGACUAAACCAAAACUGAAGCUGUGGACUGUCAUUUCUUCACCAGAUGUGAUCAUAACUCGGCGGGUUUAUAGUGCCAGUGAAAUAUUUUUUAGGAGAAUGAAAAUAGUAAGGAUUUGUUGGUUAGCAUAAGUGUCUCUACAUGGUGAGAGCAACACUUGUAAACUUAACGUAUCAGUUCCUGUAAGGCGAGAGGAGAAAGCAGAUAUAGAUGAUGAUAUCACAGAAAGAAAUAGUUUGUGACAGAAGGUUAGUAUGUGUGAGAGGAAGAAACAGAUGUAGCUAAUAGUGUGAAGGAAGAGGAGAGACAGAUAGUAUUAUAUAAGAACUAAUAUUUGUUGGUAAUGAUAUGAAAGAAUAAAGAUGGUUCAAAAUGGAAAAAAAAUAAUUACCUACAUAAAAAACAAAGAUAUAUAAGAACAUUAAAGAAUGCCUCAGAUGUCAGUAGUGAUGUGACAACAGAUGUUCUUCAUGCACCUGUGCACAAAAUGAUCGUUCCUGAAACUGCACGUAGAAAACAAAACAAAAAUUUAGUACCUGGACCCAAUGAUGAUAAGUGCAUCGUUGUGAGCAUUUAUGUAUACAUUUUGUAGAAUAUGACUUAGUGUAGUUGAUUGUAAUAAUUGCCUUGACAAAAGUUGUCUUGAGAACUCUUGCUUAGUUUAAAGUACACAUUUGUGAUUCUUUUCUCUUUUUGAACAAACUGUAACAAGUUGUUUUAAUGGGAAACUAAGACUGUGAACAGGUUAAUAACCAAAAGUCUGGAGGUGUUGAAGACUGUAAGUGAGUGUAUAAGAAAGAGGAGGGAGAGAGUGAGAGGAAGGCAGCCAUCACCCUGGAGGAAGAGAGUGAGAGGAAGACAGCCAUCACCCUAGAGGAAGAGAGUGAGAGGAAGGCAGCCAUCACUCUGGAGGAAGAGAGUGAGAGGAAGGAAGCCAUCACUCUGGAGGAAGAGAGUGAGAGGAAGGAAGCCAUCACUCUGGAGGAAGUGAGUGAGAGGAAGGCAGCCAUCACCCUGAAGAGAAUAAAGGUGUGGUAAGGAUAUAGGGAGUGGUGUAAGAGUGUAGUGAAUCAUGUUAAACAGUGUAGGCUCAAGAUAUGACUGCACCUUCAGAGAAAUUUCCCUAGAAGGUUCUCUGCAACUUUGAUAUUGAUAGAUAUUGUGGGCAAUUUUCCAAUUAAUAUAUAUUUUUUUUAUGAUUAAAUUAGCUACUUUUGCUUGUUCAACAUUUAAUAAAAUAUGUGAAGGUA